AAAUUUCACAAAACGAGGUAAACGAAAAGCGGAACGUAAACGUAAACAAGACGGCAUGGACGGUGAAGUGGACACUCGGCGGAUCCUCACCCGUCUGAAAUCGGACACAGGCCAGGCGUUCGAACGGUUGUUCGACCUGCCGUACGAUGUCACGCCGGACAAGCUCACCCUCUUGACCAACCAUCUCUUGGAAAAUGAAGAUCCGGCUCCGUAUUUGUUUUUCGUAAAUGAAAAGGAAAUCACAUCGAGCCUGGACAAGGUUCUGGUCAAGGAUGACAUCGGGACGGAAAAUGUGCUUGAAAUCAUUUACCAGCAGCAGGCAGUCUUCAAAGUUAGGGCAGUCACAAGAUGCACAAGUUCCAUGCCGGGUCAUGCCGAGGCAGUCAUUUCUGUGAGCUUUAGUCCCGAUGGUCUUUACCUAGCAAGUGGUUCGGGGGACACGACUGUCAGGUUUUGGGACGUGAAUACUCAGACGCCCCACUUCACCUGUGAAGGCCACAAAAACUGGGUUCUUUGCAUUGCGUGGGCCCCAAAUUCCAGAAAAUUGGCGUCCGCCUGCAAAAAUGGCACUAUCAUGCUCUGGGAUCCCAACACUGGCAAGCAGAUUGGAAAGCCCUUGAUGGGACACAAGCAGUGGGUCACAUCACUGUCCUGGGAACCUCUUCACAUCGAUGGGAGCUGUCGACGCUUGGCAAGUGCGUCGAAAGACGGAGAUGUCAGGAUUUGGGACACGGUGAUGGGCAAUGUCCAAAGAAUACUCACCAGCCACACAAUGAGCAUCACCUGUGUCAAAUGGGGAGGCAGCGGCCUCAUUUACACCUCAUCUCAAGAUCGCACCAUUAAAGUUUGGAGACCUGAUGAUGGUGUUAUGUGCAGGACACUAGAAGGGCAUGCCCACUGGGUCAAUUCCAUUGCCCUAAAUACAGAUUACGUAAUUCGAACGGGCGCUGUUGACCCAACAGCUGUCCACAGAGGAAAGGGACAGACAGUUAAUGAUUCCAAUGUGCAAGAGUUGGCUCGGAAAAGGUAUAGUGCUGUUUGCAGUCCUGGUGAGGAGAGAUUGGUUUCCGCCUCGGACGAUUUCACUCUGUACAUGUGGUUGCCCGAGAAGGAAAAGAAACCCAUGGCCCGUCUGACUGGCCACCAGCAGUUGGUGAAUGACGUAAAAUUUUCACCUGAUACAAGAUUAGUUGCUUCAGCCUCCUUUGACAAAUCAAUCAGGCUUUGGGAUGGAAAGACCGGAAAGUUCAUUACAACUUUACGAGGCCAUGUCCAAGCUGUGUACAUGGUAGCUUGGUCUGCCGACUCGAGGCUGCUUGUGAGUGGAAGUGCAGAUUCUACAUUGAAAGUUUGGAGUGUGAAGAACAAAAAAUUAGAACUGGAUCUUCCUGGGCAUGCUGAUGAAGUUUACGCUGUUGACUGGUCUCCUGAUGGACUAAGAGUUGCCAGCGGUGGAAAGGAUAAAGUUUUAAAAAUAGGAAAUUUGUGGAAACCUUUAGGUAUUGCCGGGGUGAUAGUGAUGAUGAGUCUAUUUGCUGGCGUUGGAGUCGGAAUUUACGUUGGACUGCAACCGCAUGAAGUGCUAGACCCGCCAAAUCCGACUGAGCCGUGGCCACCGUCGAGCUCACCCCUUGGGGUUUAUUAUGACGGUGCCGUGGCAGCAAAUUGCUACCCUUGCAAUCUUGUUGGCAGGGACGUUCUUUUGGAAGGCGGAAAUGCCAUUGAUGCUGCCAUUGCCACCCUCUUUUGUGAUGGUGUCUGCUCAGUUCAAAGUAUGGGCGUUGGAGGUGGAUUUUUGAUGACAAUCUAUAAUAGAACAACUGGACAGACCUUUGCUCUCAAUGCCCGAGAGACUGCACCCGGUGCCGCAACCGAAGACAUGUUUCAUGGAAACUCAACCUUGUCUACAUAUGGUGGUUUGGCUGCUGGCGUUCCCGGAGAGAUCAAAGGUUACUGGGAGGCACACACGCGCUUCGGAGUUCUUCCGUGGUCAAGACUUAUCCAGCCUACCAUUGACCUGUGCGUGGAGGGAAUCACGAUUGGAAAUUAUGUUGGUGAAAAAAUUCAGGAAAAAGCUACACAGAUUUUGAAUACGCCAUCAAUGAGAGAAAUUUUUACUGAUGCAAAUGGAACUCUGCUUCAAGCAGGAGACAAAAUGUAUAGGCUCAAACUUGCUGAAACUCUUCGAACGAUUGCUGUUGAAGGUGGGGAUGCUCUUUACACAGGCUCUCUGGUAGAACCCUUUGUUAAUGACGUUCAAAGCCUCGGAGGAAUCAUCACCGCACAGGAUAUGGCUAAUUACAAUGUUCGUUGGCAAGAAACAGUGAAAGCUGAGCUCAGUGGAGGACUCACUGCCCACUCUCUGAAUGCUCCUGCAGGAGGACCUGUGGCUCUGUUUAUUUUGAAUGUUUUGGAUGGCUUUAUUCCUGCUGCUGAUGAAAUUACCACGCUACAAAGGGUGACAGAAACUUUAAAGUACGCUUACGGUUUACGAACACGUCUUGGCGACCCUGACUUUGUGGACAUCCAAGAGCUCUUGACCAAUUUAACUUCAAAAGACUACGCCAGUUAUAUAAGGAGUCGCAUUGAAGAUGACGUGACUUACAGUGACCCUGAACACUACUUUGCACGAACUCUCACCUCAGAAAACCACGGAACUGCACACGUCUCAAUUGUCGACAAGGAUGGUUCAUCAGUUUCUGUCACAAGCACUGUCAACACAAUUUUAGGAGCAUUAGUUCGAUCUGUGAACACAGGAAUCAUUCUGAACAGUCAAAUGGACGAUUUCUCUGCACCAAACAUCACCAACGCCUGGGGAGUGCCGCCCUCGCCAGAAAACUUCAUAGCUCCUGGCAAAGUACCAUUAUCGUCAAUGUGUCCCUUGAUAAUCACGGACGCCAAUGGCGACGUCGUCUUGUCUGUUGGUGCAUCAGGGGGAACAAAAAUUUCUUCUACUGUACCUCAGGUUGCUAUGAGGUAUCUUUGGUUUAAUCAAACAAUCAAAGAGGCUAUUGAUGCCCCUCGAAUUCAUCAUCCUAUCUUUCCUAUGGAACUUAAUUACGAGUACGGAAAUCUUGAACAAAUUGUACAAGGAAUGGAAUCAAUCGGACACGUCACAAGUAGAUAUACGGGUGGAUCUGCUUCAAAUGGAAUUGCCAGGAGUGGCCAGUUCUUGACUGCCAACGCAGAUCAUCGACGAGAAGCUGUCGUUGCUGGCUAUUAGUCAAAUCCUGUUCGAUGAAACGCUUAAGUUAUCAUAUGUUUUCUUCUGCAAUUUGAGCCCAUUUCCUGUCAUUGGGUUAUCAUGAAUAUUUUUCUACCGGAAAUCGCAAUGAUGAUAGAUUAGUCCAUGUCCACGGUUAUCAAAGUAUAAUGCAUCGCAUUAACAAUUUAUUUAUUUUGGCAUACAAAUUGAUGACUUGCCAAAACCUUUAUUAUAUUUUUUUAUUGAAAAAUUUGAUUAAUUUAUGAGAUGAAUAAAGUGAAAAUGGUAUGCAUUGGAAAUAUAAA